AAAAUGGCGGCCACCGUGAAGAAGUCGGUAGCAGUAGAAGAUGUUAAUGUCACAUUUGAAGAUCAACAGAAGAUAAACAAGUUUGCUAGAAACACAAACCGCAUGACAGAACUGAAGGAUGAAAUAGAGGCCAAAAAAAAAGCUCUUCAGAAUUUGGAGGAUGCCAGCGACGACAUCAUGAUGUUCGAUGACGACACCCUGCUUGUCCCUUAUCAGAUAGGCGAUGUGUUCAUCAGCCACACUCAAGAGGAGACGCAAGAAAUGUUAGAGACCGCUAAGGGAGCACUGAAAGAGGAGAUCCAGACACUGGAGGGCCGGGUGUCAUCGAUACAGGAAGUCCUGGCCAGCCUGAAGGUUCAGCUCUACGCCAAGUUUGGGAAUAACAUAAACCUGGAGGCGGAUGAAAGCUGAAUGCCCCAAUGGGACCAUUGUUACUGCACAAACUCUCCAUGCAGAUCACAUAUUGCAGCCCCUCACAGCGCUGGCAGAAAUGCUCACCCAAGCUCACCCUUAACACGGUCUCCCUCUCACAAAAACAUCCAUGUCUCGCUCCCUCUCCUCCUUUGAAGUCCCUUAUUUAUUUUUGCAUGAAACGAGGAAUUUGCAUUGCAUACCAGAUAAAUUGGCAGGAUUUUUUUUUUAUGUGAACACGAUGUCACCAUCAGUCUCAAGUUGAGUACGUCAUACCAGUAAAAAAAAGUGAACCCUGUCUUUUUUUUUAUCAUUACGUUUUUAUACCUUGGUAUGUAACAGCAGGGGGAAGCAUGAGUCAUCGUUGUUGAGAAUUAAAUGAAAAAACUGAAAGGGA